CUCGGGAACGCGAUGGUCACCACUUUCGACUCGCAGCCUUUGAGGAGGUCGUUUUUCUCAACUUCCCAAAAGUACUAGCUAUCGGCUACGACGCAUUCAGUAUGACCGCUGUUACAGAUACUGCACCAGCAGAGUCAGCAGGGUCUUCGUCCGAAACAAUCUCGAAAACAAACGGUGCACCACCGCCAAGUGCAGCCGAGAGUCAUGGUCUUUUCCAAUUCACAGCUGAGGAUGAAUGGCUGCUAUCCAUAGUCGACGCUGAGGAGGUGGCGCCAAAGAAGCAGCGUCAUUUCAUCGACCGCGAGUACAGAAUGCGGGCUACGUACGACGGGUGGUUUCAGCCUCAACCGAAUGCGACGGGAGACCUUGCACCGGCGGUGACUGCUCUGUAUAGCUUGAAGCUAGGACCCAAUCAACUUAUCAGUAGCAUGGAGCACCACUACGUCGGUCAGAACUACUCUGCAGCGCUCGAACUCGCUGAGAUGUAUCUGAAAAUCAAUCGGGGCGGAGAUCUCGGGGACUCCAACAACACGGGGGACGCACGGCCAUCCAGCUCAUCAUCAAAAACGAAACCGCAAAGGAAACCUUUGAAAGAGACCGAGGUCCUGGAGAUCGCCGGACGAUGUCUGCUCAAAUUGAACCGCGCCGCCGACGCCGCUGAAGCGACCCGGGGACUGAACUUGUCGAAAGAACCAGGCCAUCUGUUGUUUCGCGCAGAGGUGCUGAUGCGCGCUGGUUCGGCGCCCGGCGAAUGUGUGGAUAGACUACGGGCGUAUCUAGCCGCCCGGCCGGCGGAUCCGCAGGCGUUUGUCGUGUUAAGUGGCAUGUUGGAGGCGUGCGCGGCUGCGGCAGCGAAGCGGGAGGAAGGUGGUGGGAAUGGGGCGGCUGUAGGAUACCAGUGGGCGCAAAGAGCGAUGAAACAUGCCAGGCAAUUGUACGAGCGCUCCCGACGGCCUGACACACCAGUAGCGCAAUUGCAGGCGCGCAACGGACUGCAACGACUGGACAAGGAUAUUGAGCGGUUGGGGGAGUGCAUAAACGUGGAAGACGCGGUAGCAGAUGUGGCCAUAGGGACUGAGGCUAGCAAGGCCUUUGGGUCGGUGUUCACGCAGGAGCAGCUCGAUUGGAUACGCGAGGUGAUUUUCACGGAGAGUGAGGUUGCUGGCGAGGAAGCGGACGAACCGGAAGGCGGUGGGGUAAAGGGACUGUCGGGGUAGAUUUCGUCGUCAUGGCAGGCAGUUAUUUUGUAGAUGGAGGUAUCGAGCGUAGACAUGAGGGCACCAGCGCAUCCACCGCACGUACAUGGGU